AUGGCCUCGAUGCUCUCGACCCGGGCGCUCCGGAGCACAGUCGCCUGCUCCGCGUGCCGCUCACUCGCCGUCCCCAGCGCAGCGACGGCGACGGCGACUCGCUCCGCAAUGCUGCUCCCCCGACGAGGCCUGUCCACAUCCCCCGACCAGCCGCCGACUGACUACGCCGACAAGCCGCGAUGGUCGUACACGCCGCCGCGCGCAAAGGCGCCCUUCAGCCUGCGCUUCAACUCCAAGAGACGCGAGUACCCCGUGAACGCGGACCCCAAGGUCCUCGACCAGUUCUACGUCCGAAUGCUCGGCGCCGACGGCGACAAGGUGCUGUCCGACGAGAUCAAGUGGCUGGCCGUCACGCACAAGAGCUUCGACCAGGGCCGGAGAGGGUUUAACGAUCGCCUGGCGUUUUUAGGAAAACGCAUCGUCCAGCUCCAGGCGUCGCUGGCGCUGGUGCAGAGCCCCGGAGGCAGCGCCGCCAGCUCCGUCGAUGCCUUUGGUCGGCGGCCCUUUGAACACCCGGCGCUGGAUGGGCUGCCGAAUUUGUCGCCGAGCACGAAGGAGCUGCUGCUGAGUAAGGCGAAGCUUGCGGAGCUGGCGCAGAAGUAUGAGCUGCAGAAGGUGCUGCGGUGGAGUCCUCGGAAGCCCCAGAACCUCGCCAGCUCGGGCUUCGAACUCGUUCUCGCGCAUACUAUGUACGCUGUCGUUGGGGCUGUUUCGCUGGAGAAGGGCGGACAUGUUGCGAAUGAGGUGGCCCGGGAGCGGAUAUUGGCUCCGUUGGGGUUUAAGAUGACGGCCUGA